GUUUUACCCAGGGGAAGGAGAGGGAUCCUAGCUGAAAUUCAGGGUGGUAACUUCUCAGAAACGUUUGGUCAAACUACUUUGUUUCUUUAGAUCAGGAAAAGGUUUCUGAUUACGAGAUGAAGCUGAUGGAUCUGGAUGUGGAGCAGCUUGGAAUUCCAGAACAAGAGUACAGCUGUGUGGUCAAAAUGCCUUCUGCUGAGUUCGCCCGCAUCUGCAGGGACCUCAGCCACAUCGGCGACGCCGUCGUCAUCUCCUGCGCCAAGGACGGCGUCAAAUUCUCUGCUAAUGGAGAGCUGGGAAAUGGGAACAUCAAGCUCUCACAGACCAGCAACGUGGACAAAGAGGAGGAAGCUGUAAGUUGAGGCUUCGUGAUUCCUUUUGGGGC